AUGGCUGGAAAUAAUGGCAACCUCAAGGCAUCCAACGAUGAUUUCCGCGAGCAGAGCCUCAGUCAUUCUGAGAAGAUCGGAGAUGUGGACUCGACGGCAAACACCAAAUCUCAGCUCGAGGAAGAGGAUAUCUCGGACAAACAUGAUUCCCAAACCCAUAGCAAGAAUGAAAAUACCGGUAAGAGUAUUGAAUUAGACGCCGGUGAUCUCAAGGUCCGAAUUCGGGGUCGAUGGUGGCAAUUCUGGCUUCCGAAAAACCUCCCUCCACCUCCUCCCGAAACUUUGAAUGAUGUACCUGUAAUUCCUGUUAGCACCGCUUCUAUAUUCUCCCAAUGGACCUUUACUUGGAUUAAUCCUAUCAUGGUCCUGGGUUAUCAGAGAACCCUUCAAGCCUCUGAUCUGUGGAAGAUGGACCACAGCCAAGAGUCAGGUUAUCUUUCGGAACAAUUAGAUGCUGCCUGGGCGCGUAGAGCUGAAGCAGCCAACGAGUGGAAUAUCAAACUCACAUCUGGGGAAUUGAAGCCGGGAAUCCUCAAGCGCAUUUUAUGGCAAAUCCAGGCUACCUUGAAGCUAGGUUCUACUGUAAAGGGAAGUAGACGGGAACGCAUAGAGGAACUGGAAAUACAAUGGAGGGAGAUUGAUGGAAGAAAGGAACCUAGUCUGGCUUGGAGUGUGAACGACGUGUUCGGAAACAUGUUUUGGAUUGCUGGUAUAUACAAGGUAUUCAGUGAUACUGGUCAAAUGAUGAGUCCUUUGCUUGCAAAGGCUAUCAUCAAUUUUGCAGAGGAGCGUACAUCUGCAAAGGAAAAUGGUUCUCUUACACCUAAUGUAGGUCGUGGUAUAGGUAUGGCAAUAGGUCUCGGCGUCAUCGUCGUCUUUGCGAGCCUCACGCAGCAUCAAUUUUUCUGGCGUUCAAUGAUUACUGGAGUUCUUACGCGAGGAGCUCUGAUUAAUUCCAUCUACAAGCGGAGUGUCGUUCUUAAUGCAAAAUCUCGAGUCAAGCAUCCCAAUGCUAACUUGAUUAAUCACAUUUCGACCGAUGUCAGCCGAAUAGACGCUGCAGCCCAGUGGUUCACUGCUCCCAUACAGGUCUUAGUUUGUUUAAUCAUCCUGCUUGUUCAGCUUGGACCAUCAGCUUUGGCGGGGUUCGCGCUGUUCCCUAUUGCGGCUCCACUUCAAGAACGAAUCAUGGCCCAUAGGCUCAAAACCCGCAAGACCACGAAUAGAUUCACCGAGCAGAGGGCGAAGUUACUUGCGGAGAGUCUAGGUGUGAUGCGCGUAGUUAAAUAUUUCUCAUACGAAGGACCAUUUUUAGACCGAAUAACUGGAAUGAGACGUAAUGAACUGCAGGGAGUGAGAUGGAUGAAUCAUAUGCAAUCAGUCAACGUUGCCUUCGCUUAUUCUGUCCCGGUGUUGGCUGCGACGCUUUCAUUUGUCACAUACGCGCAUACUUCUGGGGGACAAUUCAACGCCGCCGUCAUAUUUUCCUCCCUGAGCUUGUUUCAGGCAAGUCUACUUCUCCGUCAGCCAAUGAUGUUUCUUCCGCGUGCUAUGUCAGUAACAACAGACGCCCAGAAUGCUUUUUCGCGGCUCUCCAAACUGUUCCACGCAGAGAUACUCCACGACAUACCUUUCGUCAUAGACCAUGGACAAGAUUUGGCAUUAGAUGUAACAGAUGCUAGUUUCGAGUGGGAGGUUAUCGCUACCCCUGAUGCGAAUGACGAAGACACUGAAGAUUCCAAGAAAGCAUCUUUGCAAAGAGAAUUUUUGAGUAGUGCAGAUCCUUUUCGAGUACGGGGGGUCGAUAUGAAGGUUCAACGGGGUUGUCUUGUCGCCAUUGUUGGACGAGUUGGAAGUGGAAAGUCAAGUUUACUUCAGGGCCUUGUUGGAGAAAUGAGAAAGACAUCAGGCGACUUCUCGUUUGGUGGCCGUGUAGCAUACUGCCCUCAGACUGCGUGGAUCCAGAAUGCUUCCCUGAGAGACAAUAUCCUGUUCGGACAACCGUUUGAAGAGGUAAAAUACUGGAGGGCUCUAAAACGUUCUUGUUUGAUCCCAGACCUGCAAAUGCUACCCGAUGGCGAUCUUACAGAAAUUGGAGAGAAAGGUAUAAACCUUAGCGGCGGUCAAAGACAACGAGUCAACAUCGCUCGUGCUCUGUAUUACAACGCGGACGUGAUUUUGUUCGAUGACCCUCUCUCUGCUGUCGAUGCUCACGUUGGGAGAAGCCUAUUUCAUGGUGCCAUCCAUCCCCUGGUAAAAGAGGGCAAGACUGUGAUCCUCGUUACACAUGCCCUACAUUUUCUCUCCAACUGUGACUACAUCUACACAAUGGACGCAGGAAAAAUAGCAGAACACGGAUCGUAUGUAAAUCUUAUUUCUUGCAACGGGGAGUUCGCGCGUCUCGAUAAGGAGUUUGGCGGUGAACUUGCUCCUGAAACCCGGACACAAUUAGUCAAUGCAGCUGCAGUGGAGGCGAUGCAAUCAAAGGCUAAUCGCGUUGAACGCCAAGGUGCUGGGGUGGGGAGACUGGAAGGAAAGCUUAUAGUCAAGGAAAGGCGUACCACGGGCUCCUUGUCAUGGGCUGUUUAUAAAACCUAUCUAAUCGCGGGAAUGGGAUGGUUCACUAUACCCUCAAUCGCAUUGUCUAUCUUAUUGAUGCAAGGGAGUCAGAUUGUUAAUUCGUAUACUCUGGUAUGGUGGGAGGGAAAUCAGUUUGGAUGGUCAUUUCCCUUGUACGAGUUGCUCUAUGCUGUUCUUGGGAUCUUCCAAGCAAUGUUCACAGUUGUUCUCGGUCUUGCUAUCGACAUGAUGUCUACUUUUGCUUCCAAAAACCUUCACAACGACGGCACGCGGGCUGUCAUGUACGCGCCAAUGUCAUUUUUCGACACUACACCGAUGGGAAGGGUACAAAGCGUUUUUGGAAAGGACGUAGACAACCUGGAUAUUCAACUCCCUACUUCUAUGAAAAUGACUGUACUCCUUAUGGCCAACGUUGUUGGGUCAGUGAUCAUCAUUUCCAUCCUUGAGCCUUUCUUUCUCAUUGCAGUUUUUGUCAUUGCGUUCGGAUACCAGUACUUUGCCUCCUUUUACAGAGCGAGCGCCAGAGAAGUGAAGAGACUCGAUGCUAUGCUUCGUUCCCUCCUAUAUUCUCACUUUUCCGAGUCCCUAACAGGAUUGCCCACCAUUCGAAGCUACGGAGAGAUCCCCCGGUUUGUCCGAGAUAACAAGUUUUAUAUAGACCUGGAAAAUCGUGCUUUGUUUCUUACAGUCACAAAUCAAAGGUGGCUUGCGGUGCGCCUUGAUGCCCUGGGAGCAUUUCUCGUGUUCUUUAUUGCAAUAUUUUCUGUGAUUGGAGUCGGUGGUAUAAAUGCCGCUGAGAUUGGAUUGGUCUUGACCUACGCCACCCAACUCACACAAUUGCUUGGGAGGAUGACCAGGCAAUCAGCCGAACUUGAGAACUACAUGAACUCUGUCGAACGCAUUGCACAUUAUAGUCACGCCGGUUAUAUCGACCAAGAAGCUCCGCACGAGAUUCCGAACCAUAAACCUCCUCAGGAAUGGCCUGAUCGGGGAGCUAUUCGGUUCAACGACGUAUGCAUGAGCUACAGGCCUGGGCUUCCGAAUGUCCUUCAUAAUGUCAACUUGUCUAUCGAUGCUGGCGAAAAGAUUGGCAUUGUCGGUCGCACAGGCGCUGGAAAAUCUUCGCUUACUUUGUGCUUGCUCCGGAUUGUGGAGUUCUCUGGACUGAUCAAAAUAGACGACGUCAAUAUCUCUGAGAUUGGCUUGAAAGAUUUGCGCACCAAAAUUGCCAUUAUACCACAAGAUCCCAUAUUGUUUAGCGGGACGGUCAGGUCAACCUUAGAUCCUUUUUCCGUUUAUGACGACGUACGCCUUUGGGAUGCAUUACGACGAUCGUUCCUCAUAGAGGACCGACAAUCAGACGAUUCGGCGACGGAUAUUGAUGAAAGUAGUAAUGGCUAUAUUACGCUCGAUACCGUCAUUGAGCCGGAAGGAACGAAUCUCAGUCUCGGUCAAAGGUCUCUACUGAGUCUUGCCAGAGCUCUAGUGAAGGAUUCGCGAGUCGUGAUUCUUGACGAGGCAACCGCGUCAGUGGAUCUACAAACUGACAAGAGGAUACAAGACACAAUUCGGUCUGAGUUCCAGGACCGCACCUUGUUGUGUAUAGCUCAUCGACUUCGGACUAUUAUUGGGUACGACCGGAUCCUUGUCAUGGAUGCUGGCCGUGUUGUCGAAUUCGAUUCGCCUCUCGCCCUUUUCCAGAGAGAUGACAGUAUAUUUCGCGGUUUGUGCAAUAGGAGUAACAUAUCGAUGUCGGAUAUCGAGAAAUCAUGCGCUUCCUGA